AUGGAAAGAUUAGCUCAGUUAGCUUUACACACAACUUCCGCUGCAGGUGCUCCGCCAGCUCCAGCACAUCCAUUGGACCCAUUGACUCCAGCCGAAAUCAAGAAUGUCUCUACUUUGGUCAAAAAGAACUAUGAGGGAAGAGUUAUGAACUUUAACACCAUCACCUUGAGAGAACCAAUGAAGAAGGCUUACUAUGACUGGAAGGAGAAGAACGGUCCUAGACCACCAAGAAUUGCCUACUUUGUUAUUGUUGUUGACGGUGACAAGGGUGUCCAUGAAGGUAUCGUUGACAUUAGCGCUCAACAAAUUGUCGAGUUCCAACACACUACCGGUGUCCAGCCAAUUUUGACCCCGGCCGAUUUGCAAGCUACCGAGGACAUUGUCCGUAACGACCCCGAGGUUAGAAGACAAUGUGAGCUUAGUGGACUUCCUCCAAACUCAAUGCACAUGGUUUACUGUGACGCUUGGACCAUUGGUUAUGAUGAAAGAUGGGGUACCGAAAGAAGAUUGCAACAAGCUUUGAUGUACUACAGAUCAGACGAAGAUGAUUCUCACUACUCGCACCCAUUCGACUUUUGCCCAAUUGUCGAUAUGAAUGCCAAAAAGGUCAUCUUUAUUGAUAUUCCUCAAAAGAGAAGAAAGCUUUCCAAGCACAAGCACUCGAGUUUCCACCCAAAGCACAUUGCCGAAAAAUUCGGUACCAAGGAAAACCCAAGUGGUUUCAGAAACGACAACUUCCCAAUCAACGUUACCCAACCAGAAGGUGUUUCGUUCAGCUUGGACGGCAAUGUCAUGACUUGGUCAAACUUUAAAUUCCACAUUGGUUUCAACUACAGAGAAGGUAUUGUCUUGAGUGACAUGAGCUGGAACGACCACGGUAACGUUAGAUCGUUGUUCCACCGUAUCUCGCUUUGUGAAAUGGUGGUUCCAUACGGUUGUCCCGAAUUCCCACAUCAAAGAAAGCAUGCUUUGGAUAUCGGUGAAUAUGGUGCCGGUAACUGUACAAACCCAUUGGCUUUGGGUUGCGACUGCAAAGGUGUUAUCCACUACAUGGACGCGUACUUCCCAGACAAAUUCGGUGAGGCCACCACUGUCAAGAAUGCCAUCUGUAUCCACGAAGAAGACGAUGGUCUCUUGUUCAAGCACUCUGAUUUCAGAGACGACUUCCAAACUACGGUUACCACUAGAGGUAAGAAGUUGAUUAUUUCACAAAUCUUUACCGCUGCCAACUACGAAUACUGUUUGUACUGGAUCUUUAGACAAGAUGGUACCAUCAAGUUGGAAGUCAGAUUGACCGGUAUAUUAAACACCUACAUCUGUGCCGAUGACGAAGACACUGGCAAAUGGGGUACUCAAGUUUAUCCAAACGUCAAUGCCCACAACCAUCAACACUUGUUCUCCUUGAGAGUCCACCCAAGACUUGACGGCGACAACAACUCUGCCGGUACCAGUGACGCUAAGCCAUCGCCAUUCCCAACUGGUUCAAAGGAAAACAAAUACGGUAACGGUUUCUACUGUGAAAAGACCACUUUCAACAAGGUCAAGGACUCCAUCACCAACUUUGAAGGUGCAACUGCCAGAACCUGGGAUAUCUUCAACCCCAACUCGAUCCACAAAUUCUCCGGUAAGCCAGCUACUUACAAAUUGGUGUCAACUUACUGCUCGCCAUUAUUGGCGCAAGAAGGUUCAUUGGUGAGAAAGAGAGCACCAUGGGCUGCCAACCACACUCAAGUCAUUCCAUACAGCGACGAUGCUUACGGAUACGGUAAAUUGUACCCAUCAGGAGACCACGUUGCCCAGUGGAGCGGUGACGGCGUUAGAGGUAUGACUGCUUGGAUCGGUGAUGGUCAAGACAAUAUCAACAACACCGAUAUUGUGUUUUUCCACACUUUUGGUAUUACCCAUUUCCCAGCUCCAGAAGAUUUCCCAGUUAUGCCCACUGAAAUCUUUGACCUUAUGCUCAGACCAAGAAACAUCCACACUGAGAACCCUGUCUUGGACGUUAAACCAUCGUAUGCUAGAACCACCAAGGAAGUCAAGAAUGGUGCUGCUGGUGUUGACACUUGCUCUCUCAACGUUGACAAGACUUCGAGAUUGGCUUUUGGUGAUGACUGUUGUAAGAAAUAG